GUCGUCCACACUCUAUAGUCAGUGAAAGGCGGAGGUGCAACGCUGGUGGUGUGAAUUAAAUUGAUCCUGUGAUGAAGCAGUUUCUCCUGCACCUGGAUGAGACUAUGAAACUUGGCUCAAAGUUUGUCUUGGUGGAUCUCGACGAAUGUCAUCUCUUUGUUCAGCCUGAAGUGUAUAACAGUCUAAAGAAUCUGAUUGAUGAACAGUACGAAAAGGUGUAUUACAACCAGAAAAGCAGCUUAGAGUAAUUUGUCACCAUGGCAUCACGAGAGUCAGGGCGCCAAAAAGAUGCCUCUUCAAGGCGUAUCUUGGAUGAGAGUGCUAGAAGGAGACGAGCUAGAAAAGCAUUAGAGGCACUUGAACAAGACAAUUUCCAUGAUGACCCACAUGCAAACUUGGUGAUGAGCAAGAAAGCACCUAAGUUUGAAGAAUCACUUGAUGGCUCCAGAAAUAAAGAUCGUAAAAGAAGAACUAGAAGUUCAGAAUACUUCAAGCAGAGAUUUCGUAAAACCUUCACCAUACUGCUUGAAGAGGAGCAAGCACUAUACCCUGAUGGCCCUAAUUACCUGACAGUUCAAGCUCCACCUUCAAAAAGGCCUGAACGUCGCCUGUGUGCAGUUUGUGGCUUCCCUGCACCUUACACUUGCAUUCCUUGUGGCUCACGGUACUGCUCCACCAAGUGUCUCUCCACUCAUGAAGAUACACGGUGUCUCAAAUGGACUGCCUAAAUGUUCUAUUGUAAUUAAUGGUACCAAGUGGUAAGAUCACUGAAUGGAUUUUCUAUUAUUGGAUUUCACCAAUUCCAGUAACUGGCUCAUAAAUGAUAGUAGUGUAUGUCUUGUUGAUGGAGAGAUUGCUGUAGACAUAAGUUAUUCCAAUGUGAAUUUUGAACAGAAUACAGUGAGGUCAUCAGUAAUUAAAUUUUUUGUUAAAUAAAUAUUUAGUACAUGUAUGCAUGAUAAACUUUUUUGUGACUAAUAAAUCUGCAGUUCUGAGAUCCUUCAUGUAAGACAAAAUAUUUUUAAAAAUAAAAUGAAUAAGCUCC